CGGUCGCUUAAGCGACGUUCAUUGGUUGUUGACAGUUCCAGGUUAGUAACAGGAUGUUGUGUGUGUGUGUGUUGCAGGUGUUCCUAUCAGUUUAGUACCCGUUUCAUACCUUUAGCUGUCCCUCAGGCAGCAGCUUCACUGAGGAUAAUGGCUGCUGCUGGUAUGCGCUGUCCGGCCUGCGGUUCCACAAACAUUGUAGACGAUGACCUGUACUCUCAGGCUCAGCUGGUGUGUGUGGACUGCGGCUCUGUGGUGUCCGAGGGAGUCCUGGCUAAUGAUCCAGUGGGAGGUUCAGAUGUCAGCUUCAGUCGAACCACUGCUGUUGCCAAAAGGCCGUGCACAAACCUGAUAAAAGGUCAGCAGCGAGUGAAAGCCAUAUGUCGGAUUCUCAUGGUCAACAGGGAGAUUGAGGAUCUCUCACAGACGUAUUACAAGAUGGCCUAUGAGCAUAAAGCUUUCCUCAAAGUGAGCCUUCAAAAGAAAGAGAUUCUUACUGGUUGUUGUGUGCUUCUAAGCUGCAGGCAGCUCAAUUGGCCCAUUACUGUGGGAACCAUCAGCUGCCUGCUGGAUGCCGACUCGAUGGCGGUGGGGGCGAUUUAUCAAGAAAUGGUCAAGAACCUCAGCAUCGAGGCCCCGAUCAUCAACGUCACUGAUGUAAUAGAAGCUCACUGUCACGAAUACAAAAUUAGCUCACUCGAUGUUCCUGAAGAAAUGGCUGAGAAUUCGAGGGACUUGACCAAACGAGCUGUGGCCCUGGUAGAGCUGGCAGCAGAUUCCUGGAUUGUGACUGGCCGUAAGCCCAUCCCCAUAAUGAUGGCAGUGACGUAUUUGGCCUGGCAAUCCUUAAAACCCAACAAGCAUCGCCUGAAAUUCUCCCUGGACAAGUUCUGUCAGGUUGCCAAAGUGAAAAAGCUCAAGUCUGCUAUGAAGAGAGUAGCUGAAAUCAAGGAGGUGUUGUGUAAGCUAGGCAAGGAAAUACCCUGGGUUAGGGAAACAGUGACACCGGAUAAUGUUAUUCAGCUGGUUGAAUGCAUUCUGCAGAACAGGUACGCCCUGCUAAGAAGAGCUAUGAGAACCCACGAGGAUGCUCUGCUGGAGGAGAGUCAAGCCAGCUGUGCUGAGGCUCCGCCUGAGGGGACUGCUUCCUCCCAAAUCUCUGAGUGUGCAGAUCAGGCUCCAAUUAUGUCUUUUGUGAAACAAAAUGGGUUGAAUUCUGACGGGAAAGAGAAGCCAGGAGAUGUAGACUAUAAUCCACGUGUACUGCCAAAGCACAGCGACACUCAGGAGAGUCAAAAUCCACCUCCAAACUGGGGUAAAAGAGUUCUGUUUGCUCCCCCAUGUGUCAUUCAUGCUAAGAAAAGGAGAGCUGUGCAGCCUGAACACACGGAUGUGACUGGUGAUGAGGAAAUCUCUGACAGUGAAAUUGACUCAUACAUUCGCACACCUCAGGAGGCUCGAGACUUCGCUUUAAUGCAGCAUAUGCUGUCUUUGUCUGACAGUGCUAAAUCAUAACCGAGCCCAGUGACUGGUUCUUCAGAGAUGGCUGGCAUAUUUAAGUUUAUGUGCACUUUUUUUCUAAUUUUUUUUUAUUUUUUAUGACUGUUGAACUCAGGAUGCAGACAUUUUCAUUGGCUUGAUUAUAUAACCUAUUCAUCUAAUUUUGUACAGUCUACAUAAGCGGCUGUGUCUUUUGUGUUUGUACUUUAAAAAGCUUCACUCAGCACUUGGAAAUGUAGCAUGAGGAAGUUAAUGUGUGUAAAUAUUUUGUUUUAAUGUAAAUGUGACUAGAGCAAAGGCCUGAUUAAAAGG